CCACAUAUCUCGUCAUAAUAUCAAGUCGUUCCAUUUGUAGUUUGUCCUCACCAGGACACCGUAAACGCGUUAAAAUAACGCAGUGCUGUGUGGGUAUUAUAUGGUAUGUGUUUUUAGCUGCGGAUACACAGACAGUCGACAAUCCCUGCUAAUAUCUGAGCUUUAGAACACAUUAUGUGUAGCUUUGUUUAAAUCAUUAAUUUACUGUGUACGUUUAUAUUUCUGUUGUUUUGAUAAGACCCGCCACAGACCAUGGAUUAUGUUUUCUUUUACGCGUUUAGCAUAUGCACAGUAAAACUAGGCUACGAUGCUAACGUAGCUUCCCUAAAGGACAGAAAUGCACUUUAGUUAACUAAAGCUGCUGUACGGUUAAGCAAUACUGCCUGAAGCAUGAAUGAGCCUUGGCUUUAAUGCAGUAAUAAGCACCUUUCAUUUAAUAUUUACCUUCUUUAAGUCAGGGAAAUUAGAAGCUGUUCUUUGUUUUCGACUGUAACGCUAAGUGUGUUGAUUAGCUGAUUGAAAAGCUCGUGUAGCUGUAGCGACUGAGACAAUGGACGAAAGUGCCGAAACUGUUGAAAACGACGACAUUGUCAUCAUCGUGGAAAACGAGGCAGAAAGUUUACCAGCGGAAGAAGAGAGACUGAAACAAGCCACAUUCGGGCUCAUGGAUACGUGUCCUGUCUGCAAGUUGAGCUUUCACAACAGGGAGCCCAAACUCCUGCCGUGUCUCCACUCCUUCUGCAAGAGGUGCCUACCUGCCCCCUUCAUGAGUGCCGAACCAAGACGCGACACCCAGGGCCAAGUUGACAACAGCAAGCCAUUGGUGGGCAUUCGAUGUCCAGUAUGCAGACAAGAGUGCUGGGAGAUGGAUGUGCUGGACAAUUUCUUUGUAAAGGAUUCUGCCGAGGUGCCAAGCAGCACGGUGGAGAAAACCACGCAGGUGUGCAUGAGCUGUGAUGACAACACGGAGGCAACAGGUUACUGUGUGGAGUGCGUGGAGUUUCUGUGUGUCACGUGCAUUGAGGCACACCAGAGGGUUAAGUUUACCAGGGACCACACCAUACGCCAGAAGGAGGAGAUGUCUCCAGAUGCUGUCAGCCUAUCCACACAGAGGCCCGUCUUUUGUGACAUCCACAAGCAGGAACCGCUGAAGCUGUUUUGUGAGACUUGUGACCGACUUACCUGCCGAGACUGUCAGCUCCUUAAGCACAAGGAUCACAACUACCAGUUUUUAGAGGAUGCAUACAGAAACCACAGGCAGUGUCUCGAGACCAUGACGCAGCAGCUGCAAGAGAAAAGAAAAGCCAUCGAGGAAGUAUCCAGCUGCAUCAACGGCGGACUGCAGCAAGUUGAGGAAAAUCGGAAAGCUGUAACUAAUGAAAUAAAGAAGUCCAUCUGUAACUUGAUAAUGGAGAUCAACAGGAAGGGAAAGAUUCUGGUUAACCAGCUUGAGGCUUUAACUAAGGACCAUGAGUUGGGUUUGAAAAAGCAGCAGGAAGAAGUCAACUCUCUAGGCAGGCACCUAGACCACGUCAUUAGCUUCACCAAAUGGGCCACAGCUAGCCACAGCGGGACAGCUCUGCUCUACUGCAAGAGACUGAUUCUUUACCAGAUCCAUUACCUGAUGAGAGCACACUGCAGUCCCUCCACCGUCCCUCAGAGCUCAGUUCGAUUCCAGUGUCGCUCCGGUUUCUGGGCUACAAAUGUAGACCUCGGUUCCCUGGUAGUAGAAAGAGGCCCCAGUAGGCCACCGAUCACCAACCACCAGACAGGUCCCAGAGCAGAAGCACCCACUGGAGCUCUUUCACUCUCAACUCAGCAGCGACAGAGCACACUCGCUCAGCUCCAGAUGCAGGUUGACAAGCUUUCCCAACAGCACCCCAGGGGGCCCCCUCCUAACCCGUGGUCCUGGCACCAAAAUGUCAGGCUACCAGGACCGCCUGGCCCCCCACCACCAACCAGACCUAUCCAUGGAGGUUCCUCCCCCUCUCAAGGUGUCCCCAACAUGGUACAGCAAGGACGCAGGUAUGGAAGUUCCCACCCCAACCCUCGAAGCCCCACAUCAUCUCUGCUUAACAACAUGAGCUUCCCAGCUGCUCAGUCUUUGAGAGAUCUGAUCCAUACCUCCAGCUUCCCCCCUAAACCUACAGAUGGGUCACAGGGUGCUUCCCGCUUUCCACAGCCUCUCACGUCUGGAGCAACUACACAAAUGUCACUGCACCAGAGAUGUCUGCCAGAGUCAUCUUUCCUCAAGAGGAGUGAACCUGGUGGAUCGGUCCCCUCCAUCACUGUCUCUGUACCCAAACCCAACUUCCCUCCUAUUCUAGCUUCAGCAACUGCUGACAAAACAACCAUGCUUAACCACAUGGCAGGUCGAGGGAGGCAGAAUUCCCCCAUGGCAAAACCAUCAUCUUCAGACAGAAGCAUGGGGACGACUUCUUGGAAGCAGACUGCCGAGCCACCAUCAGCUCCUGCAUCAAAGCGACGAAGGAGAACAUCUCCGGGUCCUGUUAUUGUCAUAAAGGACGAACCUGAGGACGACGACGAAGUCCGUUUCGUGCAGUCCAGCGUCGGCUCUAGCCUGCCAGAUAGCAGCACUGGAGCACAGUCUAAGCCCCGGCAGCAGCAGAAGGGCUCCCCACCAGCACCACCCCCUGGAUCAGACUCCAAAGACAGGCGUCCUCAGCCCCAAUCGCAGCCAGAGUCUGAAAAGAGAGCCGAGCCAGAAGAAGAUCCUAAUGAGGACUGGUGCGCCGUCUGUCAGAACGGAGGAGAACUGCUCUGCUGCGACAAGUGUCCCAAAGUUUUUCAUCUGGCCUGUCACAUUCCCACUCUGAAUGAAUCCCCCAGUGGCGAGUGGUUCUGUUCAUUCUGCCGAGACCUCGUCUCUCCCGAGAUGGAGUACGACUGUGACAGCAAGGAUGCCCCGAUCUCUGAAAAGUUUCCACCUGUUGAUAGAAGGAAAUGUGAGAGGCUGCUGCUUCGUCUUUUCUGUAACGACUUCAGCACCGACUUCCAGCAGCCGGCUUCUCCUUCGGAGACGAGACGGUACAAAGAACUUAUAAAGACCCCGAUGGAUUUGUCAAUAGUAAAGAGGAAGCUGGAGUCAAAGUCAAAAGACGGUGAAAGUUAUGUCAGUCCUGAGAGCUUUGUUGCAGAUGUCAGGCUCAUAUUUUUCAACUGUGCCAAGUAUUACAAGCCAACCUCAGAGGUUGGCAGUGCGGGUUUGUACCUGGAGGACUAUUUCGAGGAGCAGCUGAAGUUCAUCUACCCGGACAGGGUCUUCCCCGGUGGGAGGGAAGAACAGAUGAUCCCCCCUUUAGAGGACGAGAUAGACGAGGAAGAGGAGAUGAUGGAGGACGGUGCGGCUGCCGUUAAAGAUAAGCCACAGAGCCCCGCAGGAAAAGGGAUCCCCCCAGUAGAGGAAGACACAGCUCCUCUAGAAGACAGAACAACACCAGCAGCAAAGGAAAAGUCAGAAGCUGAAACGAGUGAGAAGAAGACGGGCAAAGCGGUAGCUGCCACAGAGGGAGGCGCACCUCCUGCAGACGAAGUAAAGCAGGAAAAUGUUGCUGCUGUAAAACGGGCGGAAAACUCUCCAGCAACUCCGAGCGAUACGAAAGACGGAGUAGCUUCCAGCUCCACAAAAGAGGUGAAACCUCGGAUUACUACGGACACAACAACAGAGCCACCUGAAGCUCCGCAGGAGAAGUCUGCUUCUGCGGACACAGUCAAGGAGAAGCGAUAGAUGGAUGUACAGCAGAUAGGAAGAGGAACUGUUGAUGAAGAUGAUGGAUGAGUCCAGUCUUCCAUUGAAGUGGCCCCAGUGGGGACCCACAUUUGCUGCAAUCAUGCCUUUGUUUGUUUGUGUUUUGUAGGAUGAAUGUUGUUUUUAAGAUUUUAUUUUUAUUUAUCUUUUAUUUGAUGGGAAUGGUGCAGAUUAGCAUAGUUUAUAGAGAUUGCUCAGCUAUUAUUUAUAGUUGGGCUUUUAAUAGGAAAAGAACUGCUGUACUAAAUGGGCUUUAGUAGCAGUUAUGCUUUAGAUCCACAGCAAAGAUCUAAAAAGCUCUUUGUGUUCUUCUCUGAAUGGACAUAUUAUACCUUGUAACAGAUUAUUUUCAGUGAUGAUGCCACUGAAAAGCACAUAAAUGACAUUCUUUGUUCAGUAUGUACAGGUUAUCAGUCAUCACCUUGUUCGUCACUUGUAUAUAAUAAUUAUGUAUUUUGAAAGCAGCCAAAAAUAAAAGUUUAAAUUGGUAAUGCAUGUAGAAUGUGUUAAUGCUAACAUUUCUGUUUAGGCUUUUACCUUCAUGAUCAAAUAAUGUUAAAAUGCAAUAGCUUUGUUUUAGUAUGGUAUUAAUGCUACGUAUGCAACAAGUAAGUACUGUAGUUUCUGUACAGAAGGAAGUCCUACAUUGAUUGCAGUCGAACCAUCUCUUGUGUUUCCACUUUCCACAGAGCAGCAUUCUGUUGUUGGCAUUGAGAGAAAACGCUCCAGAUUUGAGUGGGUUCACUUCAGAUAAUGCAGAGACGUCAGAAGCUGUCGUCAUUGUCGUGUUUUACAAAUUGUGCUCUACAAGAUGAGAAUGGCUCAAAAACUGACACAACAUCAUUAGCAUUAAUAUUCUCUCCUAUAUUGUUACUUUAUUACUAAUCAAGCAUACUGUAAAUAACUUAACAAUGGCUGAGCAUAAAAAUACCUGAAUUUACAGUAUUUGUAAUAAACGGGGACUACAUGAA